AUGCUAUCGCAUAUCAUGAAAACAUCAAUUCAGGUAAAGUGGUCAAAUUAGAAGUAAAGUUUCAAGCAGAAAAAAACACCCUGACUGUAGAUGCUGAUGACCAGCAAUUUAACUCCAGGAUUCAACUGCCAAUAAACAUUCACAAACAGGCAGUAAAAAAAAAAGAGGCCAGUAGAAUUCGAAAGACAAGCCAAAGAACAAAAGCAACAAGGGCUUUGUUUACACACCAUCGCGUAUUUAACUGUCAUUUAUUUACACAAACGUCCUUUCAUUUUGGAUUUGACAGAAAAAGGCCAUGGAUUGCUUUUCAAGUUCAACUACCGAACUGCCAACUUCUGAACAUUUUUAUUAAGGUUUUGACACAAAGCCCUACCAAAGAAUGCAAAUUUCCUGAAGAGUUGUCAACUGCUCCUGUAUCUUGAAUUUGCAUAGUUCAGGAAUUUCUCGCACGAAUUAACACUGAGUAGAAUUAAAUUGUUAUUUUAUAGAGCAGAAAGUUUUUUCUGAUGUGAGAGAAGUUAGAAGAUUACUCAAAACUUAGUCUCCAAGCAAGGUCUCCAAGUAAGUUUGUUUGUUUGUUCUUCAUUUGUUCUAUUUAAUAUUGUGAAGUCAAGCAACGAUUACUAUUUAGAAUCGAAACCCUGUUCAGUCUUCACCGAAUCGUGUAGACAUUGUUAAGCCUUUUGUUGCCACUGUUGCGACAACAAUAAAAUGGGAACAAUAUGCUAGGUCAUACAUACUGAUCACCUCUGAUGGAAGCCCGUUUUUGAAGCACGUUAGGUAAACUGAUUCGCAUUGACAUGGACACUUAAUCUUUGAACUAAACUGUACAUGUAAUGACAAGAUCGACCCAAUAUCAUUGAAAGACCUUGCCAAGAUUGUUAAAAGGUCUUCUCAAGAUCAUUGGAAGAUCUUAUCAAAAUCUUACCAAGAACUUGCUGCUUCUUGGAUGAUCUUACAGGAUCUUUUCCAUAAUUAUCUUGCAGGAUCUUACCAAAGAUCUUGCCAAGGUUAUCUUGCCAUGAUUUCCCCAAGAUCUUGUCAAGAUCUUACCAAGGUUCUUUCCUAACUCAUGGAAUGCCACAACAGGCAGACCAUGCAGAUGUUGUGUCUUAGCUUCAUUUUCUGACCUUUUGCUUCGUUUGCAUGGAGAGAAAGUGUUACGCAUGAACACGCCAUUCUCAUGCCGUGGUAUUUUUGCAUGAAUUAAAGUUGUCUAUUUGCACUGACAUUGACUUCAGCAUGAAUAAAAAUUACAUUCCUGACAAUCAAAAGAAGAUCUGUCUAUUUCAUAAACUUUAGUUUCUUUGGGUGAUCAUAUAUAAUUAUUUGACAAUAUUUUUAUGAUAAGCAGAGACAAUGAAAUACCUGAGAAGUCCCCCACAUUAGCACUGCUGAAUGUUACUGUCCCCUUCUUUCCACUCUGACUUGCUUUCAUCGGGAAAUAACCUCAAUGUCAGAUCCAAGUUUGCCAAUCACAAAGCAGUUUGUUCCUUAAUGAUACAUCAAAAGAUACUAUUAGAAAGGUGUGACAAAGGACAACUUAUAGUUAUAAUUUGUAAUGGUAAUUGGACUAAGUGUAAUACAAUCUGAGAAUAAUCAUACAUGUAUGAGCCCAUAAUCAUAUGAAACUUUCAGGUUGGAAAAACAUUCUGCGCAUCACUUAUCGCAGGCUCAAGGUGGGCUUUUCUGUGUGUUGACUGUCUUUGCUUGUCACUGAGAGAGUUCUGACCCGAGACUGAAUGAAAUGCACAAGUUGCAAUCGUUUGCUCCUUGUAAAGAAUUUUUAUUUAACAUGUUUUUUUUUUUUUCAUCCCUUGAAAAUUACUUUGGAUUCAGAAUAACCAAAGGUAAAGGAAAAAUGGAUCAUUCAGUCAGUCAGAGGCGGAAUAAAAAGUUUUGAACAUUUCCAAAGGGGCAAGUAUUUUUCUGAUUGUGCAUUUGAAUAAUUUGUAAGUGGAUUUUGUGUGCAGCGUUUCACCUUAAUUCUUUCACCGGGCUGAAUUACAACCCACUCGUAUUCUCUUAUAAGUAGUAGUUAUAGUUACUUUUUUUACAUGCCCAGAUUCAUUACCUUUGCAGAACCAGGUUUAUCCUAGUCUUCAGUCAAAGACCCAUAAUGAUGUUAUAAUGCAUGAGACUGAACAAACUUUUGUGCUUAAAAUUUUCUCGGAAAUAGAAGGCAAGCAAGCUUACUUGAGAAGAAAAGACUACUUCAAUCAUUUUUCUGUUUCUCAAGUAAUAAUAGUCAGAAUUUUUUUUCAUUUUCAGUUACAUAGUUUUGUUUUCCACUGCACUGUGAAAGUUUCUGUUCCUUACACAAAAGAGAAGUAGAAAACAAAGUUGUGUGAAGUAGAGAACGACAACUGCCGGCAGUGACUUCAAAACAAUGGACUCUUUGCCCGCAGAGAAUUGCUGGAGCUGGAUUUGACUGAGACGAGCAAAACAAACCCUUAAGUGCAGUUUUCUGUAUUUUGUAAUAAUUGGCUGAGUUCAAUUUGCUUGAAUGAAGACCCUUGCAUGGACCUGUGAUUAAAAAUAGCUAAAUGGUCAAUCAUGGCUCGGCUGCAAAGCUUUAAACUGAUUUUUUUGGCUUUUGAGAUCUUUAGGGUCCUUUAAGUAGGUUGUUUUUGUACAGAAAAUUCAUUUCUUCAUUCUCAGCAGGUAUAAGAGCCUUCAGCCUUAUGUUUUUUUUUAAUGAUAAUUUGUUGUUUUGCAACCUUAUUGAAGUUUUUGGUGAUGACAUUGUUCUUUGCUUGUCGUAUCUCUUUGCGAGCUUAAAGUGAUGUCUUUGGUCCUUAAAGUGACUCCUGUCGGUAAUUAAAUCAUAUACAUAACUGGAAAGAAGUUUUGCAAUGAUGUAAUAAUGUUUGAAGGAAACCCUACUAUGUGUAGGUUUUUGACAGAUGUUAUGUAUGUUCAACUUCACAACUACACACACAGCAAAAUUUAUUUGCACGGAACGAUUGAGUUUUAAAAAAGUAUAGUUGCUUUGAAACUGAUUUUGGGGAAGAUUUUACUAGCUAAAGAUUGGCUAUUUUUCUGUACACAUAUCCAUGCCAAAACUUCUGCAUUGAGGAUUUUGUUUAUAUUUCAGUGAUCUGCAAAGCUACAAGUGUCCAAUCGAGCGUGGGUUUUAAAAUAUCAGCUCCAGUGCGAGAAAGUUCAGUGACUUCAAAAACACAUUGUGGGCAUGCGUUAAUUUUUGGGGGCAAAUCACUGUAAAAAGAUAUUUUGUUUUUGUGUCCACAGUGGGGUUCUGGACCUGAUAUAUCCAGAAACUUCCUUGUAUGAACACAUUUUGUGAAUACAUAUUGAAAAUAAUUUUUAAUAGUGUUUCAUGAAUGAUAACUUAAUUUUAAUUGUAAAUUUUUAAGGGUCAGACAAGAUACAACCUAAACACUUUAACACCUUAUAUCUCUAAUUUCCUCUAAGCACACUUGUAUACUUAAAAUACAUGUCUCUUUUCUUUAUUUUUAAAUGCCGCCCAGCAUUUUUAGGGGAAAAUCUCUAUUCCUCAUAAGCUCUGCUUCUCGAAGAUUUCCCCGCCACAGCCACCCCUUCCGAGUUGUAUGCUCAUUUUGAAUUUAAUAUUAAUUAACUGUUUAUUUAUCUUUUCUAUUCUACUUGUAAUUUAUUCUGUGUGGCAAAUUAAUGAAAUAAAAUAAUAAAUAAAUAAAAUAAAAUAGCUUUGAUAUUGUUUGAAUCAUUUUUAUUUCUUUAAUGUUUCAUUUACAGUGGCAUAUCUGUGAACUAGCUGGUGAAGUUUUCUUUUUUGUGUCCAAAGCAACACUAAAAAAAACAUGCAGGCAUCAGAUGAGAUGACAAGUUUCUCUUUCAGGGCAGAAAAAUGUAAUGAGCAAGCAUGAACUUUUUUGGUUCUAAUAACGGCAUGAGUAGGUUAACUAACCCAUGAAGCUAAGAGUGUGCAUUAUUUAAAAUAUAGCAUCUUAUCUUAUCUUAUCUUAAUGAACUAAUUAUUCACAUUGCCAGGUUGAAUUUUUCAACCGCUGAAUUGCUAAGUGUAAUGUUUAAAUAGAAGGUUUCAAUGAAUGAAUUGAAAUCAAAGGUGGGCAAUUCCACCCUUACGAACAUUACACUCAGAGAGCAUUUUUUAACUUUGAUCUCCUGUCUUGCUCACAAUAUGCAGUAUAUUGCUGUUUUGCAUUAACCACAUUGCACCAUAAUGACAUGCCUUUUCCUCAAUAAAAAAAUACUCGGAGAACAAAUUUUUAGCUCCCUCUGAUUUUGACUGAAAGGCCUGUUACGGACAUUACAGCUAAAACAACCACCAAUUUUAAUCACGACUUUUAAGGCUAAGUUCCUGUGAUUUAUGAAACGUUUAAAGGAAACAAAUGCAUAUUUCCUAGUGGCAAAUGCUGAAAGUUUUCUUCAGUUAUAUUAAAUUUCUCUGAGGCCUAUCCUAACUGUUUUGGUUCCCUAAAAGGAUGUGUUAUGUACAUUAUACCAAGCAUUACGGACAUUACUGUCUGUGAAUUUUUUCUUCAAAAUUAUAUUAUGUGUACUACGAUGCAAAAAAAUUGCUUAUUUCAUUUAUUUUUAUGUGUUAAGUUUACCAUCAGCAACAUAUAGAAGCCCUGAAAAUUAAAUGAAAACAAAAGCACACAAAAGCUGUAUUGUAAUAAUUACAUUCUUUGAAAGGAAACCACUGAUCAGUAGUUUUAAUCAAAUUGUGACAUCUCAUUGUACUCUGAAAGUUACAUGAACUGACCGACUGGCCCAGCCAGGAUGACGUUGAUGAUGGUCACAUCUCUUGUGUGUUUUAUGGCCCCGUCAUCCUAGAGAGUGCUGGCCCAUUUGCUGUCCCAAAACAGCAAAAAUUGAAAAAGUGUUUAAAGAAAUUAAAAAGCAAAGAAAGUCUCAUUAAGAUGCUACAUGGCUGAUCAGUUUUUAGGUGAAUAAAACAAUUUUUGUCUUUUGAGAAGAACAUGUUUUCUUACUCAACACUGUUUGAAUUUCUUGUUAUGCAAAUCUGAAACUUUUGUUUAGCUUUAGCAUUAUUUCAUUCAUUGUGGAUAAAUUAUAGAGCUCAGUUGGUACCCUAACUGUCACUUGGUUCAAUACCUUUGGAUAUUUGAGUAAAGAUGCUUAAGAAUACUUAAAUUUCAUUUUUCCUUAGAGACUUGUAAUGUUAUGGACAUUACGUUACGGACAUUACCUAUCUUUGAAAUAGUUUCUAUGAUUAAAAAGCCUACUAGAAAUAAAAAGCUUAUCAGACAAAUGAUGGUACUAACAAAUCCAAGGAGCAGGAGAAGUUAUUUUGAUUUAAGAGUUAAAUCCUGUCUGACACAAAGAAAGAAGUGAAAUUUUUGUUAUGGACAUUACUCAUCUACUUAGAUAUUUUCAACUAACCAAAAAUGGGGAAAAAUUAUCGAAAACCAUCAAAUUUUUUUCUCAUGUGAAAAAAAGGCUUAUGGUCUAAUUAUACCACAGUUUCAGUGGACUGGAUUGAUUUUGAUAUUUUGACAAAUUGUUCCUUAACUUGCACCUUUGGGUCCCAUAUUUUCCUUGUUUAUAUGACCUAUUGAGUAGUAGACCCCCUGCGGAGUGCAGAAGAGCGAAAACCGAAAUGACAUGUAUGUUUUUAAUACAGUGAUGUGUCUUCUCUUUACUGGCAGAGAAAUUAAUUCCAAUACCCUUCUUUUAAUAAUUGCUGAUUUUUCACUUCUCAUGUGGAAUUGCCCAGGUUCGGAUUUAAGUUUGAACCUUGGGUUCAAAAUAAACUAUGAGUUUAUCAUUCACAAAUCAUUAAUUGGAACCAAAAGCAUUUAGAUUUGUCAGACACAAAUCACUUUGGGGCUGUGAAUGUAAGACUCCGUCCACAAACAAGAACAUUUUCCUAAGAAAACAAGUAAAUCAAGCUACAAUCAGUUGCAAAAAUACUCAAGACAUUGUACUGUAUUUAGCUUAAAUGGCCUGUCCAUGAUCUCAUGCUUGUGAUCCCCCCCUCACCCCUUAUCAAAGUUGCUAGCAAUACAAGACCAUGCUCAAAACUUGGAUGGACAACUUUGAAUGCAAGGGAGGAGGGAGGUCAGUAUUGUGUCUCACAGACCUGAGACUAGCAGCAAUUUGAAGCAAGCAAGGUUGUUUUUCCUCGGAGUGUCUCAACAUUUUUGCAACUAGUUGCUACCAUAUUUAUUCGGCUAUAAGCUGAGCAAUUUUUACACAAAUUUAAGCUACAGUUGAGUGAAAUUUGAGCCCAAGAGGGGCUUUCGGCUUAUAGCCAAGAGUUUUUGAAAAAAAAUAUUUUUGAGUGGAGUGAAACUCUACUAAAUGGGGAUGUACCCACUUAUAAGCCAAGCAAAUAGCAGCAAAAGAUCAAAUCCAUGGCAUAACUACGAACGUGAAUGAUAAGUUAGCUAAGCAAAGAAACUCAUUCCCAAAUUGUCAAAAUAUCUAACAAAAACAGGUCUCACAAUUAGAGUUACACAUUGGUAAGCCUUUUACAAUGAGGGAAGGUCUAAAACAAAUGAUAGAUGUUAAGAAAUGUGUAAACAAUCCGCCAUGUUUGGUCAAACAUGUGCUUCAAAACAUUUGCCUGGUUACUAAGCACGGAAGAACGCAAUGUGAACUGCUCAGCUUUGUUAGACAAUUUCUGUGAUCAUUUGAAGCACAAUUCAAUGAAGACACGAGGAAAGAUUGAUAGCGGAAAAAAACCCAAGCAACAAUAAUUGUUUACAACUUCAAUCGGGUAAGCUGUUUAUGUCGUUUAGUCAACCCGUUAAGCAAACCGUUCAGAAAAUCAAGGGUCUCUGCUUAAAGCCAGGUGAAUAAAUACGGUGGCUUCUAUCAGUAGAGUGAUGGACGAUUACUAUACUCUGUCAGCAGAGGCUACAUUUUCCCAGUGUGAGUGAAGUGUUUAGCAGUACUUUUUGCUCAGCACCUCACACUGGGAAAACGUUAACUCCACUCGCAGGGUAGAUGAUUAAAGAAAUUCCCUGAACUGGAACAAUUAAAUUCUGUACUGACGUAUGCCUUAUUAGAAUGGAAAAAAACUAGACUAGAAUGUGUGAAAAAAUACUUGAAAUGCCAAGGAAAUUUUGAUCAACACUGCAUACUAACUGACCUGACCCAUCACAUGGGGUGCUUACCAUUUGACGGAAAAUUUCGGAAAUUCUGGAUGGAAGGUAAAUGGUAGGAUCACUUUUCGGAAAUUCCAAUCGGAAAUUGAGGAGUACGUUUUGAGGUAGUCCUUUCAUUCCGGUUGGUACGAACCAAACGGAAUGUUGCUUACCAUUAACCAAUUUCUCGGUUCCUUGCAGUUCCAGACUCACGCUACACAAAUUCGCCCUUUUUUGGAUUCAAACCGUAACGGAUGUGGCAUUUCUACAGUAAACUGGUAAAUCGCUCACCAUUAUGCUUUCGAUACCCCAACCGGAUUUUUCUAUCAAAUGGUAAGCACCCAUGGAAUCUUGUGUUUCCAGCUUUUAUUUCACCUAUUGUUUGUUUUAUGCAUGAAGAUCUUCAUUAUACAUCACAAUAUUUCAAAGAGCUACACAACAACCAAGACGACGACGACAGACAAAACACAGUGUGUGGGCUGCAGUAGUGUCAACUAUUACUAGUUAUAAGAUGACACCCUUUUUGAUCUGUAUAAUUCUUCGACUCAUUCUCAAUCUCAUCCACAUAACAAUUACCGUAAAUCCUCUAUUAACCCCCCAAGGGACAUAUUUAUUUCAAGACCAUAUGAGGGGGAAGGGGCGUAACCCUUUAAGACCGAAUAGGACAGAUUUGUACGAUGUUGACCUGGGUAACCAUCUUGAAUAAAUUAUAAGCUGCUUGGCUACUAAGCCAAACUCAAAGGGUAUCCUGGGAAAAAACGAUCUCUGACCUCCAUUUUACAAGUGUUUUGAGUUUGUACACCAAAUUUUUUGGCAUUUUCAAGCGAACAACGCUCAUCCUUUUUCUUUGUGGGAAUUUAAAAAUGGUGACUGCCAGAUUCUCAGUAAACGAAAUGUGACGACUAGUUGAAUGGGAUGAGCCUGUUUAAAAUAUUUCAGUAGAAGUAAAGGUAAUGUAUCAACGAUGGAAAGCUCAAUAGACAGUGACAGCGAGGAGGGCAACAGGUCUGGCGAAAAUGAAGGAAAAGCCAGCUCAGAUAAAAAAGAACUGAAUUUUUUGGCAUUUUCAAGUGAACGAAACAACGUUCAUCCUUUUUCUUUCUGGGAAUUUAGCGAGUGUUAUUGAUAAGCAUGCACCAUUCAGAAAAAAAAGGGUUAAAAACAAACGCUCUCCCUGGAUUACUAAUGAGCUGCUGCAUGAAAUACACAAAAGAGAUUUUCUAAAAAACAAAGCUACAUCUACAAUUAUUGACCCUUUGAUUUGGAAACAGUUUAAAGAUUCAAGAAAUAAGGCCAAUAACUCCAUGAAGAACACUUAACGUAAAUACUUUUCUGAAAACCUUGAUGCAAACAAAAGUGAUCCUCAUAAAACCUAUCAUUAAUUAUUAAUGAACUCCAAUCUCAGCAAAGUAAAACAACCAAAGUGUCUCAAGUCAAAACAGGAAACCAAGUUCCACCUGAACAGGUGAUAUCGCUAGAGCAUUUAGGAAUCAUUUUACAAACAUAGGCCAAUCUCUAGCACAAGAAAUUAUUCCUAGUUUGGAAAUUGACCCACUUGCCUAUGUUAAUCCUGUUGACGGAGUAUUUUCUUUUCAAUGGAUUAAUGUUCAAAAAGUCCUCAAAUUACUUUCGGCUAUCGAUAUAGAUUAGGCAACUGGGUCUGACAAAAUUCCAAACAGGCUUCUGAGGAUUGCUGCUGAUGUUGUCACACCCUCUUCAACAGGCAUCUUUAAUCAAUUGUUAGUGACUGGUAUUUUCCCCUCUGACUAGAAACUGCCUAAAGUGUCACCAGUUUUUAAGAAUGGUUCUAAGUCUGACCUAAACAACUAUCGGCGUAUAUCUGUUAUUCCUACCGUAGCCAAAAUUUUCAAACAAAUUAUCUGUGACCAGCUAUAUCAAUAUGAACUGAAUGAAAAUGGUUUAUUAAACAGCAGCCAGUCUGGUUUCCACUCACUACACAGCACUCUUACUGUCUUGUUGGAGACAAACAAUAGCUGGUGUGUCAAUAAUGAUAGAGGUCUUCUUAAUGGUGUAAUCUUUAUUGACUUGAAGAAGGCCUUUGACACUUUUGACAAUGAGAUAAUUCUAAAAAAACUUGUUAAGUAUGGUGUUGAUCAAGACGCCCUGAAAUGAUAAAUCUUACCUAACUAACCGUAUGCAAAAGUGUAAUGUAAACAAUCAUCUAUCUAGUGCGAGCCCUCUAAAUUGUGGCGUACCUCAAGCAUCAAUAAUCGGUCCUCUUCUUUUCUGGAUCUAUAUAAAUGAUCUACCAAAUUGUUCAAACGUGGGCUCUCCUAGAGUGUAUGGUGACAACACUAAUGUUACCUUUUCUGCAGCUACUAUACCUCAUCUUGAGUCCCAACUCAAUAGUGACCUGAAAUAUAUUGAUUGCUGACUCAAAGCUAAUAAGUUAAGUCUCAAUGUCGCCAAAACAGAGUUUAUGGUCAUUAGCUCGAGGCAGAAACUGCAGUCCUUAAAUGACUACACAAUAAACAUUCAUAUAGACGGCGUCCCAAUAAACCAAAGCAAUCAAAGCAAAUCGCUCAGGCGUAUAAUUGAUGAAAAUCUCUUGUGGAGGGCCCACAUUCAUGAAAUCUCUGAAAAAGUACCCUCUGAUAUUGGCGCUCUUAAAUGGGUCAGGCCAUUUGUUUCACUGCACACUGCAAUUAAAAUAUACAAAGGUCCUAUCGAGCCACACUUCGAUUAUUGCAGCACUGUAUGGGAUGGCUUGACCCAACAGCUUAGUGAGAAACUUCAAACACUUCAAAAUCGUGCUAUCUCUGAGUUAUUACCAAAUCUAGCUAUGAUACCAGUGCCAGAUUUCUUCUUAACUCGCUUGGUUGGGACAAUUUAUCGGUUAGAAGGGUUAAACAAAAGGCUAAUUUAAUGUAGAAUCGCAUAAUUAAGUAAAAUCUCGCAUUCUGAUUGGUUAACGAAGCGAGGUAUUUAGUGUGGAAUUGCGAGUUGAAAACGAGGCUAAGCGAUAUUGUUUCGCAUCUACGUAACAGCUAUCGUCAAAUUCUAACACAACAACAUGCAAAAAAGGUUUUCUACAAUGUCAUUUUAAAAUGUUUUCAAAACCAUUCAUUGUCACUUUUUGAAGAGUUAAAAACAAACAAAAGCGUUUUUUAAAGUGAGCCGGAGGUUCUUCCUUGUUUUGAACUGAACUACAGAUUCUCGAAGAGACAUAAAACCUCUUUCACUCGCGACAACCAGAAAACAAGAAAAUCCUGUGAACACGGCCCAGAAAAUGGCAAUCCAAAGUUCAACCAAACAAAACGGAGAAACGACAACGGAGGAAGUGCCGGGGUCGAUUGUCCCAUAUACAGAAGAAGAAAUAAAUACCUUCAAAGAGGACAUGGCCCCUGAAAACACGAAAAAGAGUACGCCACUUGCAAUCGUCCUGAAUCGUGGUACUUAGAAAAGUACAAAACAGAGCUGAACUUGAACAGCAUUUCUAAAACAUAUCAAGGUACUUACCUUAUGUCAAUCGCGACGUUAAACAUGUUAAACUUUCAGUGCUUUCGCUUGGACACUUGAUUUCUUUCCGUUUUGCCGCCGAAGAGGUAAAAGGUGUAAAUUAUUUUCCCUCUCGAGCAAAUGACCAAUUUGAAAAAGACGUUCUACAUAAACGGCUUCUAAAUUCAGUAAAAUACCUCUAUUUAUCCUUACGAUUAGUGUGAAGCUUGUUUACAUGUAGAAAAGUUUGAAAACAAAUAUAAAAACAAGCACAAGGUACAAAAAAGUUGUCGAGGUUCAAAGCGUGUAACGACUGACCUUGCUUCCUAUUCGCUAACGCAAUGACAGUUCUGACAGUUGACUUUGAAAUGGCUUUCUGGAGAGCGAGCGCUCAGGAAAAAACAAACAAUAUUAUUGCUGUUUUCUUUUUUUUUCUUCUGAUUUUUAUUCAAUUAUGCGAUUCAAGGAAAAUUCAUUACCUGACUCGAGAAUUCCACGUUAAAUUGCACUUGAAAACCGAUAUCGCACUCAUCGCUUCGCGAUUCGUGCGAUAUCGGUUUUCGCGUGCAAUUUAACGUGGAAUUCCCUCGUCAGGUAAUGAAUUUUCCUAUAAAAGUGCAUUAAUAAUCUUGCCCUAGGUUGUCUCUAAGGGCCUGUUUACAUGGAGUGGGGGACCCUGGUCUAGUGGGGUUGGUUUCUUUUGUUUUCACGCUCUGGGGGACACAAAACAAAAGAAACCUUCCCCGCUAGACCGGGGUCCCCCACUCCAUGUAAACAGGCCCUAAUUUGUUUGCCCCAAGAACACCGAAUUACUAUUUUCACAACGUGAAGAAAAAAUUAAUGCUCCCAAAAGCAAGAACUGAUUAACUGAAGCAUAGCUUUAGCUACAGUGGCGCUCUUCUAUGGAACAAUCUUCCUGAGGAAAUACGUACAUCAAACCCCUUAGGUCUCUUUAAGAGAAGUUCCCACCAAUGGUUUUCUGAUCAGUACUCCCACAUGGCAAAUAUGUAAAACAGUUUUUGAGAAUUUUAAAUUAUUUUCUAUGUCAGACUGAUAUUUUUAAUCAAGUGUAAAUAAAGUUAUCAUUCAUUCAGAAUCAGGUGAAGAUAAAGGUAAGCACUGCUCGGUUCAUUUUUUUGUGACAAACAUUUGUGAUAUGCCUGAUAUGUCUUGGACAAUGCUUUCCUCGGUUGUAGUUUUACAAUAUCCCAUAAAUAUUCCACCUCCCUCAGUGAGUUACUACCAUUUGCUUGUUGUUUUUGUUCCUCUCACAUGUACCAUGGCUAGAAGUUUACAUCUAACUCUACUACCUGGUUAUGAAUUUCAGAAUGGUUUCCUGCUUUUAGAAGCCAAGAAGUUCUCCUACAAGACUGUUAUGAUCUUCACAAAUGUUGCUGAAGUGUAAGCUCAAAAUUGCAAUUUAUUUGAAAGGGAAUAUUUAAAAAAAAAAAAUAAUGGUGGUGUUUUGAAUUUAGGAACCCUGGACUCCGAUAGCCUUUAAGAGUAGCUCGCUGUCAUUGAAAUAAAAAGAACAUUUCAUGUUGAUUAUUUUGAUAUAUAGUUUAUGGGAUGGUUCUCUUUGUCAUUAAGAAGUUAUCACCCUUCAAGUGGGUGUCAGUUGGGGUGCUCAAAACCCCCUUCCAGCAAUAAUUAUUUAGGUCUUAAAGGGUUAAAAGAAAUGGAUGCCUUAUUUAAUUUACAAAAAAAAGAUGGUAUCAGUUCUCCAUAAGGAAAUGAACUACCAUACAAACUGGGAAUGCUCAAAGGCAAGAAGGUUGGAGGUCUUGCUGAUGAGGAUCAGAAUCAAUUGGUAAAUAUACCAUCCCCGAUCAGCCACACGAAGUUUUACAGUCGUGAUUGAUUGACACAGUCUAUCAUUUAUAUUGGUGAAGAAUAAUUAGGAGAGGGGAGGGGGAGCUUAAUAGAGGAUUUACGGUACUGUUAUAUAACGUUAACAACACUAUUCCAAAAACCUCAUAAGCAAUAUUUUUGAUUCACUAACGUCGCACAAAAAGAACGUGUCAAAUUCUCAAACAAACGAGAUAGCAAAACAAGUAAAGCAUGCGUUAAAACACAAAGUGCGUUCACCUUAGUUCACCCUGCAGAAAAAAGCGAAUGUCAUGCCCAACGAAAAGUGUGCACAAAGAUGCAAUGAGAAGACGUGCACUUUGCUGCCCGCUGGAAAUGCGUGAUAUGUAUGAAUAAACAGCACAUUAAAGCUUUAUGAGUAACUAACUGCAAAAGAUGAACGAAAAAGGCAAAGACUCAACACCAUAUAUACCUUCGUUUCAUUCCACGCUUCGUCCUUCUUCCCUCCAUCAUCAAGACAGCUGACCUUUCAGCUGAAUUGCUAGGAAUCACAUGUCACAUGCCACAAUAACGGCAGACUUAGGGGUCAGCGGGAACUCGUCUAAAGCACCUAUCUCGUAAUCUCGUACCCCCGUCUCGUACCCAGCCAGGGGCCCGUCUUUCUCAAAAGGUCCGAAAAGGUCCGGUAACUUUUUAGGUCGGAAGACAAAUUUUGAACUCAAAACCAGUUAAAUAGUAGCACAGUUCCAAGGUCACAAACUGGACGAUUUUGGUUCGUUAACUGAUAGUUUCAUAUUUUCAUUUUUAAAGUAAUUGAAGCUUUUGAUCUUGGCUGAUGCAAACACGGCAAACAUAAAACAGAAUAGCAUCAAGAAUAUCGCUCUUGGUCAAAAACUACGCGAGAUGUCAUAUGAUGAACGAUGCAUCUUGCGAAACUGGAACACACUUCAGCAUCGAUGA